AUGGAUACGAGAAUGGCCCGUAGCUUUGCACCAACGUCCUCACAGCCGCUGGUGGAAGUGCCAGCGCAAAACUUCAGCUUCCACGAGUAUGGCCGGCACGCCGCUGCAGACGAGGACCCAAUGCUCGAGCGAUACCAUGGCCGAAUCGAACGAGGUCAGCUCAGGUUCUGGGGUCUACGGCAAGCCCGCCCGGAGCAGAUCCAGCCUGUAAGACAAUCGCUGGACAGGUGGCGAGAGAAUCACGGUGGCGAAUCACCACCGUACAUCCUGGCUUUUGUGAACUCUAUGUCUGGAAACCAGAGAGUCUCUCAGGCCAUCAAGACACAGUUGAACACACUUCUGGGUCACCAGUUUCACGUCUCUGGCCGUGGCGAGGUCUACCUCGCUGGCAGUGUCUGCGAGCUUUCUGAGGUGCGAAACAACGAGAGGCAUGUUCGGAACGCAAUCCGCGACACCAAGAGACAGAUGCUGGAGCGACAAAUCUCGCAGCUGCGCUUCCUCGUCUGUGGCGGCGAUGGAACAGUCACGUGGGUCCUCCACGAAUUGGAGGCUUGCAAGGAAGAGAACCGUCAUCUCUUCACGACGCAGGACGAGGAGCCGGCGGUUGGUGUCGUGCCAGCUGGUACUGGGAACGACCUGGCCCGCUCGCUAGGCUGGGGUCCCAAGCUGAAGUCUGUUGCGGCUCUCGUGGGUUACGUCCAGUGGGCCUUGGCUGCAGACAUUGUGCCGCUUGAUCAGUGGCAGGUGACACUGACCUUCAGUCAGGGGGACCUGGUCACAAAUCAGGUCACCGACUUGCGUGUGCCGCCGGCAUUCCGGGAGAAGCUGGUCGCUCCGGAGAAGCGAUGCUUUGAAGGCUACUUCCAAAACUAUUUCUCUGUUGGCAUGGAUGCCAGUGUCACUCAUGGGGUGGAGCGUGCACGAAAGUCUUGCUUAGGUCGGCUUUGCUUCCUCAUCGGAUGUGGCAAGGUGUGCUACGGAGUUCAGGCGCAUCGGCUGCCGUUCUGCUGCUCGUCCACGCUCAGCCUGCAAGGCGGCCAGGUGCAGAUGCGAACCAAGCCGGCAUCAGCAACAUCGGCACCCUGGGUUCUCCAAGAGGUGGACCGAAGUCGACAGCUCACCUUGCUGAACAUCAACUCCUAUGGCUCCGGGAGGGUGGUGCUGAACCACGACGACCUGAUGGACACAUCGCCUUCGGACCGUUUGUUGGAGCUGGCCUGGUUGGGUUCACUGUGCCGGGGUGCGCGGCUGCCUCCCGCUUGCGGCGAACAGCGAGAGUUGAUCAAGCAAGCCGCGUUUGCCACCGGAGUCUUUGCAUGCAGGUCAUGGCCGGAGGCGCUGCUCAGGACCACCCGUUGCACUCCGCAGUUUCUAGGCUCGCCCAUUGUACAGAGUAUGGUCAACAUGGCGUCGACAUCAAAGGGCAAAUGGACAGGCAAAGGUGCGGGCAAGGCCAAGGGUGCGUGGAGCAAAGGAGGGGAGUUCUCCGGCGAAGGCUGGAGCAAAGGCGACAGCAGAGGUCCUCAGAAAGGGUGGUGGCGUGGUGGCUGGGGCGGAGCUGCGAAAGGGGAGCAGGCUUUGGGGAAGGGCUGGCCCAAAGGCACUGGCAUGGGGGGCUGGGAAAGAGGUAAGGCAGGCAAGGCAGGGAAGGGCAAAGGCCGAGGAAUGUGGACACAUUGGAGUCGCGGCCCUGUCCUGGCAGCUGGAGAUGUCGUUUAUCUACGACGGUUUGAUCAGCCCGACAUCCAGAUCGGUCCGCUGACCGUUUCCUGUCUUGCCCAGGACAUCCUCUGCUUUAAGUCUGAGUCUGGCUACCUGCGGCUGCAGAAGAAGGGCGGAGACCUGCAGGGCAAACAUGGCGGAGUUCGCACCUUGUUUUCCGUUGCGCGCGGCAGCGAAGCUGAUGACCGAGAUGUCGUCCUUUUCGGACAGUUUUCGGGCAUGUUCCUUACCAUCGAGGCGGAUGGUACAAUUGGUGCCAGCGUGUCGCGGCGCGCUUUGCUGUGUGAACGGGUCUCCGCCUCAUCGGCUGAGGCCGAGGCGAGCACGGAGGCUGUCGAAUCUGAAGGACUCCGGCAGCGGCGGGUUGAUACAUCCACAGAGACCCCUUGCGAGCAUGUCGAGCCUGUCGGGCAAGUCGAGCCACAGCCUGAAACAGAAGAACCGGCUGUGGCUUCGGAGGAGCCGGCCAUAUUUGAGGAUGCUGGUGGGUUCAAUGAGUCUUUGGAUCCGGAUGUGUUUUGGACAAAGGAGCUUCAGAACGCACCUGUCUUCGAGCUCAACUUCCCGCCUCUGCACCCCCUGGAUGCCUACUUAACCCAUGAGGUAGGCAGCGUUCAGCGGAUUUUGGGUGGAAGUUUCGAGCCAGAGCUGGUCCUCGCAGCGUGGAUCCUCCUGCUCUGUCGCUAUUCUCGCGCCGAGGAGGUUCUCGUUGCAGUGGCCCAGGAUAGUACAGUGGCCCUGCGGCUUGCGAGCUUAGAGCAGCUGACACUGCAGCAGGCCGCGGACGCAUACCGCAAUCGCUUGGCUGAUGCCCGGUCCUGCUGGUCAGCUGUUCCAGCCGAGGUCCUGAAGUGCCGGGUGGGCUUUAUGUUCGGGCCGGGUGGGGGGACAGACCUGACUUGGACAGCACCUCCUGGCAAGGGUCAGCUCAUGCUUCAGCUACACUGCGAGGUUCAAGAGCAAGGUCUCGUGAGCACACUCUUCUUCGAGCAAGGCCUCUUCAGCCCCGCCAUCGCCAGCCGGGUCUUGCAGCACUUGGAAGUGGUUCUGUAUGCAGACCAUAGUCUGACAGCUGGACUUCUGGAGCUUCCCAGUGAGCCGGAGCAGUGGCUCUUGAUGGAUCUGAGUGACCAAAGGUCGGAGAGGUACCUGGAUUCGAAUAGGUGCAUCCAUCACUUUUUCCAGGAGCAGGCUUCCAGCGUGCCCAGUCAGACGGCCAUCAUUGAAGACUCAAAAUCUCUGACCUAUGCCCAGCUGGCGGCAGAAGCAGGGCAAGUAGCGUCGGAGCUUCUGUCCGCGGACGUCACAACGGACAGCCUAGUACCGCUGAUGUCACAGCGCUGCAUAGAGAUGAUCAUCGCCAUUUUCGGGAUCCUCUUUGCUGGGGGAGGCUACGUGCCCUUGGACACCAAGUGGCCAGACGACCGUGUUCUGGAGGUGAUCACUCAAUGUGCUCCCCGCGCAGCCUGCGCUGGCCCUGGCUUUGCAGAUCGGCUGCAGUCCAUCUUGCGCGAUCACACGGGAACCUGCAAGAUACUGGAAAUCAGGCAAAGGCACUUAAAAGCUCAGUUGCCUCAGCAGCUCCUCGCCAAAGAGCCGAGCAGCACCAGUGCUGUGUACUGUUUCUUCACCUCUGGCUCCUCCGGCAAGCCAAAAGGAGUUGUGGUGGAACAUCGUGGGCUGGUGCACCGCAUCCUUUGGUUUCAGGAUCGCUGGCAGAUGACGGCCGGCGAGUGCGGAAUCCUGAAGCACAGCUACACCUUCGGCCUCUCGGAGUGGGAGAUCUUCUGGCCUCUGUCAGUGGGCGGCACUCUGGUCCUUUGCCGUCCCGAUGGGGAGAAGGACAUGGAGUAUUUGUGGCAGCUCUCGGAGCAGUAUCACGUGCGCACCCAGGUGUUCGUUCCAUCAGUCCUCCGGGCAUUGCUCGAGUUUGCGGAGCUCGAGUUCGAAGAUCAACAAGUCAAACUUUGGCCAGACCUCAACGCUGCCAUCACAUGCGGCGAGGCUUUGCCGCCCAGCCUCGCCCAGCAGUUCUUUGACUUCCUGCCCCACUGCUCGCUGGACAACCUCUACGGCCCCACGGAAGGCGAGAUGACAGUUUGGCGCCUCCCCAUGGGGCGCAUCCUGCAGAGCAUGCCCAUCGGAGAGCCCAUGGAGGGGUCCAGGAUCCUCAUCUGCAGCUCGGGGGGACUGGCUGGUAUCGGGGAGCCCGGUGAGAUCUACUUCGGCGGGGACUUCAUCGCACGGGGUUACUUGGGCAUGCCGGAGCUGACCAAAGAGAAGUUCGUCCUCGACCGCUUUCCAGGGGCGCAGGGCACGAGGCUUUACGCCUCCGGGGAUCUGGCCAGGUGGCGAGAGUCCGGCAUCUUGGACUUCCUGGGCCGGGCCGACUUCCAAGUGAAACUCCGCGGCUUCCGCAUCGAGCUUGGGGAGAUCGAGGAAGCGCUGCGUGCGGCGGGAGCGAAGAAUUCUGUGUGCGUCGUCGUCGGGCAAGGGACACAGCAGCGGCUGGUGGCCUACGUGAUCAUGCCUGGAGGCGAUCAGGCGACUUUGCGGUCUGCUUGCACCAGUCGCCUUCCUGCCUACAUGGUGCCCGCGCAGGUGGUGUUCUUGGAAGCCAUGCCGCGCACGGCCAGUGGCAAGAUUGAUCGCAAGGCGCUCCCAGCACCGCCAGAGCCACAAGGGGAGAGCGAGGAGGCCGCACUGGUGGUGGAGCCACGCGAUGCUUUGGAAGAAAAGAUCCGGGAAGUUUGGGGCCAGGUGUUGGACCGAGCACCCCAGAGCCUCAGCGUGGAGGCAGAUUGGCCGCUGGUAGGUGGCAACUCCCUCUUGGCUGGGAAAGCGACCUCGCUCUUGCGCAAAGAGCUUGGCGUACAACUGCCAGGGACGGCCAUGUACACCAACAGUACCAUCGCCAAGUUGGCCCUCUUGGCCUCAAAGCUGGGGGCUGCGGUGUCGGGCGAGCAGCCCAAGACCGCCGAGGUGACCCAGGUGGCCGUGCCUGGAAGACAGCGGUACAAGGCUCAAAGUGCCAGGACCCCAUCAGCCCUCGGCGCUCAGUUCCUGAUUGCUGUUACGGGAAAUCUGCUUGGCGACAACUUCGCGUGGCUUGUUCGGUGGCUGCUGGCCUGGGCCGUUUACAAGGCUUAUGGCCGCAGCGCGCUUAUUCUCUCUCUUCCGCUGCUGUUGGCGUUGCUUCUUGCACUAGAGGCCGCUGUGUGCAUUGCAUUGAAGCAGCUGGUCGUUGGACGCUUAGAGCCGGGGAGGUAUCCCUUGUUUGGGAAGACCUACUUCCUUUGGCUCUUCCAGCGUCAUUUGGUGGAGAAGUGCCGAGACCGGAUCUCCGAGUUCAUCUCGGGAACGUGCCUUUUGGUUUACUUCUACCGAGCCCUCGGUGCAGACAUCGGCGAGAGGGUGGACCUGAACGACCCCGAGCUGGAGGAGCCUGAUCUGGUCACCAUUGGCAGCGAUGUGUCGAUCAACCACGCCCGCAUCUGUGCCGCAGGCUUGAUGGAUGGCGAACUCAUCUUGGGGACUGUGAAGGUGCAGUCCAAGUCUUGUGUGAUGCCUCGGGCGAUGCUGGUACUGGGCACAGAUGUCGCCAGCGGUUCGGAGGUGCCGCCGCUAGCAUCGACCUCCGGAUGGAUGGGCCCGGUGGGAGCCGUUUGCCCUUUGCAGCCUUCGAAGAUAGAACGCCUCGUGACGCAGGAUCAACUUCGUCUUGCUGUGGGACUGCCCUGGCUUUUGAUCUUGCACAGUGCGGCCAUCGUCCCGACCAUCUAUGCCCUGGAGCUACUGUGGACGUUCGCGGGCGGCAGCUGGAUCUUCUGGUUGUUGGCGCCUCUGGUGUACCGGCACGGCUUCGCACUAACAUUCUUCCUGCUGACCGUCCUUCAAAAGCGUGCGCUGGUUGGGCGCCUCCUUCCUGGGGAAGCACCCGCCGAAGGUUCAUCGGAGUGGCACAAAGAUGCUUUUCGAACUUGGCUACAUGAGCAGGCCGUUUGCGCCAGGAGCUUCGAUGACGCUAUGGACCCUUUCGUGGGCACAGAGGUGCUGAGCAUCAUGUACAGGCUGCUUGGUUCCAAGAUCGGUCGGCGUGUGCAGAUGGACACUGUCUACGUGGCAGAGCACGACUGCUUCACUGUCGAAGACGAUGUCGUGUUUGGCUCAGUGGUUUCCGUGCACUGCACGGGCGCUGUGGGAAGACAGGAAGUUAAACUCCUUCGUGGCGCCAAUGUACUGGACCACGGGGUCCUGAUGCCAGGGACGUGCAUUGGUGAGCGUGCUGUUCUUGGAUCCGCUUCACUUGCGCCCGUGGACUCCUACUUUCCACCCGAAAGCAUCAACACUGGCCAAGUUGGAGGCAAACCUGUCCGCCUCAGGUUUCAGACCUCGACAGAGGACCAGCUGGCCACAGAGUGGGAAGCCAUGCGCAGGGUAAACUCAGAUGAAUUCUUCUGGGGCUUCAAUUUCGGCGUCAUUGCUGCUGCAAUCGUUUGCAGCCCCGUGCCCAUCUAUCAGUGCCUGCUUGCCUGCAUGCUUGCCUGGAAAACCUGGACAUCUUAUGGCUUGAUCCUAAUGUUGCUGUUGCUCCCCUUCAUCUACGCAUCCAUCAGCGUGGGCAUCUUGCUGUUGAACUACGUCCUCAAGUGGAGCAUCAUCGGUAAGUACGAGGAGGGCGACUACACCUUCUUCAGCAAGUAUCACCUUAGCUGGACGGUCAUGAUGAUCUUGUCCGGAGUGAUGGAAGACGCAGUUGAUGCACUCCAGGGUACGGAGUUUCUAGUUUGGUAUUACAGGCUGAUGGGUGCGACGGUUGGGCAGAACUGCUGCUUGUUUGGAUUGGCCUUGGAGUAUGACUUGCUCUCGAUGGGGAAUGGAUGUUGCGUGGGCUGGGAGUGCGAUACGACAUGUCACACAGUCGAAAACAUGGUGAUCAAGCUGGCACCCACUGUUCUCGAGUCGUAUACCUCCAUGCUUCCACACUCAAUGGUGUCCCCUGGGGCCGUGCUUCAUGAGGGCGCUGUGGUUUUGGAGAACAGUCAGGUGCUCAAGGGUGAGCAGGUCCCAGCAGACGAAUGCUGGGCCGGGCUGCCGGCUUCAUCCUGUGGGCCCGUGGGCGUGCUGCCGAGGGCUGAGGACGACUUGCUCCAGCCAGUUCAAGACAAGGUUCCAGAAGAAGCCGGUGAAGCUCCCGAUCAACCUGAACUUCAAGAGGAGGAGGUCCAAUCGACACAGGGUCUGAAUGCCUUGACUGAGGGGGCUGUCGUGACCAUGGCGAAACAAAAACUCCUUGUCGAGAAGUUGCAGACUGGAGAGGUCUUGUUCUUCGCGUUUGCUUUGGAGGGUUCCUUUUCCGGGCAUUUGCGAAUACUCCCUUCGGGACGCGUGGACUUUGCAGGGGGACGAGGCCCGAAGGCGCGCUUUCGUGCGGACAGCGGGUCGAGUGAGGGGGCGGUGCACCUGCAAAACGUCGGAAAUGGUAUGUUUCUGCACUUGGACGAAGCAUCUGGCACAUUCUUCGGGGACGUGCGCCCUGGCGAUCUACCGGUGUGUCAGACUGCCGCACCAGGGACGGUGAAGCUUCCUCAGGAGCUGUGGCGACAACGCCGACGGCAAGAAGCCAAUCUCCUAAUGCAGGAGAAAAGGCGUAAGGCGGCCUAUGCGCUGCAAGCAUCUUCCACUUCGCAAGGUCAAGCCGAGCACGGCAGACGUGCGCGUUAA